UCUAAUGAAACAUUGGGCCAAGUCCAGCAUAAACUAAAAGAACCGGCAGGAGGGGAAUCGAAAUCCAAAUUGAAGCAAACCGUUGUCAAAGAAAAGGUUGAAGCAAGGCCCGAGGAGGGUCGGAGGGAGAGAGAGAGCGCGCAUAAGGAAAACUGGAAAAGGAAGAGAGUUUAUUCUUCGUAGGGAAGAAGAGUGAGGGUGGAGACUGGAUUCCGUUUCCGUAUCAAUCGAUUUAUAAGAGCUAAAAAGUGAAGCGAAGAGUGAGAAGGCACAGCCACAAGUUCACCGUUGAACCCUGUCGGCCACAAUCAACAAUCAUUCAACACCGAUAGUGUUUGGUUGAUUUGUUGGGUGAAUGAAUGAUGAUAUGCCCUGUGCUAUGUGCAACACUUGAAUAAAAACGGAACAUUCAUACUCCUAAUCUUUGUUUCUAUUGUUAAGUUGUUUGGUUUUAGGGUUUUAUAGAUUUUGAUAGUUGUUGAUGAUGCUGAAACAGUAAUGGAGAGUGCUUUUGCGAGUGCUUCUGCCAUUACAGACCAGAGGCAAAAGAUAGAGCAGUACAAGCACAUCCUUUCUACCGUUAUUUCUUCCAAUGACAUUGUUCAAGCUAGGAGAUUUAUUGACCACAUGUUGUCGGAUGAUGUCCCAUUAGUAGUGUCUCGGCAGCUGUUACAAACUUUUGCUCAAGAAUUGGGACGAUUACAGCCGGAGACACAGAAAGAGAUUGCACAUUACACCCUUGCGCAGAUUCAGCCUCGUGUUGUGUCUUUCGAAGAGCAGGUUUUAGUUAUUAGAGAGAAGCUUGCAGAGCUUUAUGAAUCUGAGGAACAAUGGUCAAAAGCAGCUCAAAUGCUCAGUGGCAUUGAUCUGGAUUCAGGAAUGAGGGUUAUUGAUGAUAAAUUCAGGUUGUCAAAGUGUGUCCAAAUUGCCCGCUUAUACCUUGAGGAUGAUGAUGCUUUCAAUGCUGAAGCUUUUAUUAAUAAAGCAUCAUUUUUGGUUAGCAAUAGCCAGCAUGAAGCACUGAAUUUGCAGUAUAAGGUAUGCUAUGCAAGGAUCUUAGAUUUGAAGAGGAAAUUCUUGGAAGCAGCUUUGCGAUAUUAUGAUAUAUCUCAAAUUGAGAAAAGGCAAAUAGGGGAUGAGGAGAUCAAUGAGGAAGCCCUUGAGCAAGCUUUAUCUGCUGCUGUUACGUGCACAAUAUUGGCAGCUGCAGGACCGCAACGUUCACGUGUUCUUGCAACAUUGUACAAGGAUGAACGGUGUUCAAAGUUAAAGAUUUAUCCAAUACUGCAGAAGGUGUAUUUGGAGAGAAUUCUUAGAAAGCCCGAAAUUGAUGCAUUUUCAGAAGAAUUGAAACCACAUCAGAAAGCUCUUCUUCCAGAUAAUUUCACUGUGCUGGACCGUGCUAUGAUUGAACAUAACCUUCUGAGUGCAAGCAAACUGUAUACCAAUAUAAGCUUUGAUGAGCUAGGGACGCUUUUGGGGAUCCCACCUCACAAGGCCGAGAAGAUAGCAUCAAGAAUGAUUUAUGAGGAUAGGAUGAGGGGAUCUAUUGAUCAGGUUGAAGCUGUUAUACAUUUUGAUGAUGAUACUGAAGAGUUGCAACGAUGGGACCAGCAGAUUAUGGGUCUUUGUCAAUCUCUCAACGAUGUUUUGGAUAGCAUGGCCAAGAAGGGGUACCCAGUGCCUGUUUAGUUAAUGUGGAUGAUUCACAAUUUCUUUUUUUAUACAUUCUUAGUAAAACAUCUUGUUCCUCCCCCCCUUCAAUUUUUUUUGGCGAACUUCACUAUAACAUACAACCACAUUAAUUUCGUUAAAUCCAGGCAUAUUUGGUUCGCUGCUUCAGUUUAAGUUUAAUGUGUUGUGUUAUUCA